AUGGCUAUUUGUAAUGCUCCAGCAGUAGUCCGCCAUCCAGGUGGACAUCCUAGUAACCCUGGUCCUGCUCCUCUACAGUGGCUCAUAUAUCACCAUUAUCACCAGUUUCCAGUAGGAUCAAACCAGUACCAAGUGAGCUGGACUGAGGAACCCAAAACAGCACGAAAAGGUGAACGCUUGUUGGGACUAUUUAAUGAAGAUGGUCACACUACAUACCGGAAAGAAAUUCCAGCAAAAGAAGAUGUUUCAGCCGUACCUGCUCUAAUCACUGUUGUUGUGAACUAUCCAGGAGCGUUCAUUGGCCCAUGGUUGAAGUCUGAAGUCAUCACCACGAUUCUAUCCCUUGUUAUUGCUUAUUUUGCUCUAGUAUCAAGAUCCAAAGUUGUUUCAUGA